AUGAUGACUGGCCAAAGGAAAGAUGCAAUUUGGAACUACUUCAUCGAAAUCAAAGACAAACAUAGAACAACACGUGCUAAAUGUCUAAAAUGCUCGAUAAAAAUGGCCGGUCUAGUAAAGCGUAUGAAAUUGCAUAAAAACAAAUGCAUUAGUAUUUUGGAAGAUUCAAUUGUCGAUGAACCAGAAAAUGAUCAAUUAACAGGUAAUCAAGAACAUUAUUUAAGUGUUAGGUCUUAG